AACCUUUUCCUUUCCACAGACAAAAACAGCGGAGAGCCCGAAUAUGGCGACGGAGGAUGCGAGCGAUACCUACGCCGCGGCGCCUCCGCCGCCGCCGGAGGUUGAAGUUGAGGCCGAGAAGCAGCCGCACAAGCUGGAGAGGAAGUGGAGUUUCUGGUACGACAACCAAUCCAAGCCCAAGCAGGGCGCGGCUUGGGGAUCUACCCUUCGCAAGGUCUACACCUUCGACACCGUUGAAGAGUUCUGGAGUUUGCACGACAACAUAUUCAAACCGGGCAGAUUGACUGCAAAUGCGGACUUUCACUUGUUCAAAGCUGGGAUUGAACCAAAAUGGGAAGAUCCCGAGUGUGCGAAUGGAGGAAAGUGGACGUGGGCUAUUUCCACCAGUAGGAAGUCAACCCUAGACGAUAUGUGGCUUGAAACGUUGAUGGCUUUGAUUGGAGAGCAACUGGAUGAGUCAGAUGAGAUUUGUGGUGUGGUUGCUAAUGUACGCCAAAGGCAAGACAAACUAUCGUUGUGGACAAAGACGGCAACGAAUGAAGCUGCUCAGAUGAGCAUUGGGAAGAAGUGGAAGGAGAUUCUCGAUGUCACUGACAAGAUAACUUACAGCUACCAUGAUGAUUCUAGAAAGGACAGAUCAGCAAGAGGUCGAUACACUGUCUGAAGACUAGUUGCCCAUGGUACCUUAUCUAUGCAAGAUCUCAGGCUACACCCGAGGAAGACAUAUAUUUUACCUUUCAUGCCUUGUUUAGUUUCGAGAACCAAAUGGCUGAAACAUUUUUCCGUCAGUUGUUUUGAUUCUACUGCUCUACAAUAUUGUUCUAUUUUUGACAAGAACCUAUGCUGCGAGGAGAUUUGAUCAAGUAUGUCAAAAUUCAUCUA